AUGACGACUGCUUUCUUUUGUCCAUUUAAUUCGUUUAUAACUAAUUUAUGUUUGAUUUUUGUUUCAGCUAAAUGCAGCACAGGAUGCACUAGUUCGAGUUCACUGUUCUCAUAUCAAGUAGGACAUACAUACGAAUAUGCCUUAGACAGUACACUAUCAGUAUUAUUAUCCGGAGGCGAUACCCAGGAAACAUCCCUCAAAAUCCAUGGUACCGUUCUGCUGAGCCAGUUGCCGAAUUGCGACCAACUUCUGCGAUUGCAGAAUGUCGUCAUUCAGUCGCCGGACAACAAGAAACACCCGGGCCUUGAAGAUAUCACCAAGCCCGUAAGGUUCAACUUCAACGAUGGUAAAGUUGAUACCCAAAUUUGUGCCGAACCAGGAGACAACCAGAAUUCUUUGAACAUCAAGAGAGCUAUUAUUAGUUUGUUCCAAGCAUCUCGAGGACCAACUGAAACUGAUGUUUUCGGCGUAUGUCCAACUCACACGUCAACCUCCAAAAAUGGUCCUGAAUAUAUCGUCACAAAAACACGUUCACUUAAUGAUUGUGCCCACAGAGAGAGCAUUCAACAAGGGUUCCUUACAACUACCUUCAACGACAACUCAGCUAUAAAAUCCACUCCACUUUUGAGUGGCGAAUAUAGCAGCGAACAAAAAUUCAAAGAUGGAAUUUUGGAAAAAGUCCAUGUUACUGAAAACUACCACUACAGACCAUUCUCCCCUGGCCGUGGAGGCGCCAAGUCUCAUGUUGUCACCCGUCUUACUUUCCAAAAGAAAUCAGCCGAAGCACCAGGAAGUCAAGUUAGCAAACCACGCACUAUCAUAUUCGAAAAUCCUCAUCUUGUUCCAGUAGGAACUAACUCUGAUAACAUCGUAAAUGUUUUGAAACAAACCGUGAAACACAUUGAAAACCAUGUCAACAGCGCUUCUGCUCGAGAUUUUACCGACUUGAUCCGUGUAUUGAGGGUCAGCAAUAAGGCUGAUAUGCUCAAUGUUUAUGGACAAGUAAACUCAGGAGCUGGUUUCAAGGACAAGGAAACAGCCAAGAAAGUAUUUUUGGAUGCUUUGUUCCGUACCGGUACUGGAGACUCCGUAGAAGUCGUCGUAGAAUUAAUCCUUCACAAGAGAUUAUCAGACAAAGAGCAAAAAUUGGCUUAUUUGAGUUUUGCUAACGCAAAACAUGUCACCGCCCCUUCAUUGAACGCAGUUGCUGACUUGUUGGAAAAAUCAGCACCCAGAGAAGCUUUACUCGGAAUUGGUAUUUUGGCUGGACACUAUUGCCGCGAACAUAGCUGUUCAGGAAAUGAGUUACAAAAGCUCAGUGACUCUUUUGCCAAAAAACUGGGUAAUUGCGCUGCAGGAUCAAGACAUGAAGAGGAUGUGGUUUUGGCAGCCCUUAAAGGUUUACGCAACAUGCAUCGAUUGGCAAGCUCUGCAGUUGACAAAGUGUCCCAUUGUAUUAAAUCUGAAAAUACACCAGUAAGGAUACGUGUCGCCGCCCUUGAGACAGUGCAAGGGGCCGCUUGCGAGAAAAAAUUGAUGAAAGAAGCAUUAGCCAUUUUGCAAAACAGAGACUUGGAUUCAGAAUUGAGGAUUGAAGCAUACUUGGCUUUGGUACAAUGCCCAACUGCCCAAUUUGCAAACGAGUUGAAAAACUUAUUGGAUACUGAAACAGUCAACCAAGUUGGAUCCUUCAUAUAUACGCACUUAAAUAACCUCAGAGCAUCAACCAACCCACACAGAGAAUUGGCAAGACAACACUUGGGUCUGAUACAUUCCAGUAAAAAAUUCCCAAUUGAUUUCAGACGCUACUCAUCAAAUAGCGAGUUCUCCUAUUCCAUGGAUUCUCUUGGUUUGGGUGCCAGUGUUGAAAACAAUGUGAUUUAUUCCCAAAAGAGUUUCUUGCCCAGAUCAGCAAGCUUGAAUUUAACUGGAGAAUUAUUUGGCCACAGUUUUAACUUGUUAGAAUUAUCUGCUCGCCAAGAAAAUUUGGACCUAGUUAUCGAGCAUUACUUUGGACCUAAAGGAGUAUUUAGUGGAUCAUCACCACAAGAAGUUUUUGACAAAGCUAAGUCCACUGUUGAGGAAUUGCGCCAUGAAUAUAAAUCUCGCUUAGAUAGCGCAGGAAGAGGCAAGCGUUCCACUCGCCAAGAAGUUGAAGCUUUCCAAAGCAAAAACACGGAAAAAUACAAUUCGAAAUUGGAUUUGGAUUUAGACAUCAAAAUGUUUGGAUCUGAACUCUUUUUCUUGAGUUUAGGUGAUAAAGCUUCUCAUUUCAGUCCCAAGGCUUUAAUAAACGAAAUUUUCGACCAUCUUGAAAAAGGAGUUAAUAGCAUCAGAAACUUCAAACACAACUGCCACGGCAAUGUUAUGUUCUUGGACGUCGAAGUUGCAUAUCCUACAAGCGUUGGAAUUCCCCUGAAAGUCAGUGUUACAGGUACUGGAACCAUGAAGUUGGAAACCAGUGGACAUAUUGAUCUCGACAGAAUAAUAAAAGAUCCUAAGAACGCCAAAUUUAAAUUGCUCUUCGUACCAAGCGCUAACAUUGAAAUCAUUGGAGCUUUGUCUGUUGAUGCUCAAGUAGUGAGCACUGGUUUAGAAGUCGUAGGUAACUUGCAUUCAUCAACCGGAACCGACAUUCAAUUCAAUAUGUUGAACAAUGGCAAUGGAAUUGACGUUAAAGUUGGAUUGCCCAUAGAGAAACAAGAAAUCUUCAGUGUCAGUCACAAAGUAUUAUUCUCAACCCAAGAAAGAGGUCACCCAGCUCACCUAACACCUUUGAAGUUCAACGUUAACAAGAAAGCCUACCACGGUUGCUUUGACCAAUUAAGUCCGUACGUUGGAUUAACUUUCUGUGGAGAUGCUGAUAUUUCUUUGUCUUUGCCAACUGAAGGUGGUCUCGCCUUCCCAUUCAAUGGACCAAGCACACUAUCAUUACGUAUUGAAAAAGAAGAUCUGCACCAAUACCAUUUCAGACUUCUUAAAAACUUUGACGAUCCUAAACAUCGCACUUUGGAAUUAUUAUUUGAUACACCUAACUCCAAAACUAAAAGAACCAUUUCAUUCAAUGUUGAUGCCAUGAUGGAACCCCAUAAAGUUUUGAAGGUAACUUUGAACUCCCCAAUUAGAAAUGCUGCACUAGAAGCUAAAGUUCUCGAAGGAGACAAAGAAGUUGGUGUUUCUGUGUCAUUAAGAAAUGGUGAAGAAGAAUACUACGCCAAGGUUGGAGCUGAAACUUCUGGUCCAUCUAACAAGAAGGCUUACAGACCACUCGUGGAAUUCAGAGCUCCACAAGCUGGCGGAGAUUCCAAAUAUAAAGUUGACGGUCAAAUUGUCGUCGAGCGAGGAGAUGGCUGGUCAAAAUACCACUUCGAGGGAAUUCAAGUUGCUAUUCCUGGACAAAACGCUCCUCUUCGUGUAGAAGGUUAUAUGGGUCACAAAGGAAAACAAGCAAUAGACGGAAACCUUAAAGUUUCACACGAAAAUAAGUUUGUUAGUGCCAAGGGUAAAUUAGAACUGUUCGAAGGAUUAAAUGGUAAAAUAACUGAUUUCGAAGUACAUAAUUCAUUCAAUCCACAUUUAGAUUUCCGUGUAAACUAUGAUUACGGCAAAAAAGAAGAUGAGCUCAAACACCAUUUGGUAUUAACUCAUGGAACUGAUCUUAACUCUAAAGAAAAUCGUUUAGAAUUAGAACAACAACUUAAAUAUAAAGAUGUAGGAAAUCCUAACUUCGACGUUUCUGCAAGAAAUAUCCUUACUUACCCAAUGGCCAAACUCAAUGUUAAAUUGGAUGGAGCUGUUUCUAAAAAGAAGGCUGAAUAUAAAUUAGAGGCUACAGAUGAUAAGUCAAAAUUAUACUCUCAUCUUAAGGCAUUAGUGAAUAAUAAACAUAAAGGAGAUUAUGACCUUGAUUUUAAGGGCCAGCUUAACGAGAACUAUUUGGUAGUGAAAUCAAAACGUAAUGUUAUCGACGAUAUUAAAUCUACAUACCAUUUAAAUAUGGACACUAGUAAUGGUGGCAAAUUAGACAUAAAUGGCAAAGUCACUUUCAAUUCUCCUAAAGAUUACGAAACUGCUUUCAAAGGAAUUUUGAAAGUCCCAGGCAAACCAAACACCUAUGACGCAGACUACGCUACUCAAUUUAAUGACAGAAAAGCAAAAUCUCACUUGAAAAUAACAGCCGAUAAUGCUCCAGUAGUUGACGUUGAUGUUGACGUUGAUCGUGUCCCCGAUCCAAAGGGAACUUUCAGGUUUAACGUAAAAGAUCUUGUGAACGCCAAGUCCGAAUUUACUAGUUCUCAAGGUAAAGGAUCAGGAUCAGCACUUGUGGAGCUCGUAAAAUUGAACAGAAAAUUCAAAGGAGAUGCCACAUUCAAUAUUGCUUCCCCAGUUUUUAACUUCGACGGUAAUCUGUUCUAUGACGCCGAUAAAGACAACUCUAAGAAAAUUCAUUUGUUCACCAACAAUGAAUUGGGCAAAGGAUUAAAAUCCAGCAACGUUCUUGAAGUUGGACAGUAUGUUACAAAACUUAACUUCAAUGGAGAAAAAACUGGUAACUUUUUCACUGGUACUAUGAAGGGUCAAUAUGAUUUGACAUUACCAAAUGGUUUCUACUUUGACGGAAAGCUAUUCCGAGAUGUCAAACAUGACGGUAAAUCAACUAACGGUGAAGCCGAAGUUAGUUUAUCCUUUGCCGAGAAAAAGGGAGCCGAGCCUUACAAAUAUGAAGGAAAAGCUAAAAUUACCAUUGAUGACAUUACAAAAUAUUUGUUUGAUUACAAUGCUCAAGUUCAAUUAAGUGGCAAUAGCAAAAAGUAUUUGGAAUAUAAAGGCGCUUUCAAACACGCAAUGGCAGGAGGUCAUGGAUACAAAUUUGACGGAGCUAUAUUUUUGGAUGGAACCUUUGUUUUGAAACCAAUCAAUUAUAAAACAAGUGCUGAAUAUGGACCAGAGAAGUUGAAAUAUACAGUUGAUGGCAAAUAUGGCGAUUCUUGUCGUUUAUCUGUUAAUGGAGAUUUAGCAAAAUCAGAAGAUGGAGCUUCAAAUAAAUUCUUUAUGCAAGGUGAUUUUAAUAAUGAACAAUUCAAACACUUUAAACUUGAACACGAUGGUUCUGUAAAACGACCCAGAGGAGAUCAUGAUGAUUAUGAGUUCAAAGUUUUUAAUGCUGCUACAUUAAACGACAAAACUAUUAAGGGUAAUGGCGAAUUAAGAGGUAAUAAGAACAAAGGUUCUGCUAAAGUUACUGUUGAAUUACCAAAUGAAGCUCCAUUUAGCAUCGGUACUACCUACGAGCAUAAUGACAAAAAAGAUGUCAAACAAUGUAAAGUUGGCUUAGAUGUAGUUUAUGCACAAGGCAAGGAAGUCAAGAUGAAUGCACUCGUCAACUUUGUUCCUGGAACCGAUUUAGAUGUACACCUGACCGUAUCUACACCUGUAGAUAAUGCCCGCAACAUUGAUCUCAAGCUCUUACAUAAAAAACAAAAGGAGAGCAAAGCUACGCACACUGAAAUCAGUUUGCAGGCUGAUCAAAGAAAAUACGGAGCAGUUGUUGACUUAGACUUGAUUGAAACUGCGCCAUCUUUAGAUGUCAAAUUUGUUUAUCCAGAUGGCAAAAAAUCUCGAUUCUUAUCUAAAUUUGAACGUUUGGGCGAAAGAAAAGUAAAUGGCGAGCUUAAAAUCGAACAAGUUUAUGACUUCAAUUUACACGCCACUGGAGACGCAGACUGUGAAGAUGUAGAAAAAUGCUUGAUUAGGGUACAUGUUGACUCACCUAAGUUGAACUUGAAUGAUAUACAUUUGACAAUCGAAAGUAAAAAAGGAGGCUCGGGUAACAUCGUUGAAGUUUCUGCUAAAUCUGGAGAUAAAAACAUUGUGAGUGGUUCAACCACAUUCCAAAAGAAACAAGAGCAAGGCAAAUAUAUAGUUGAAGGAUCUGGAACCGUUACAGUAAAAGAAACACCUCACUCUGCUAAUUUCAAGUACAUGUAUAACAACGUUCGUGAGGAUAACGAAAAAGGAGUACAGAUGGUUUUGAAUGCGGGCUAUGGACAAAAGAACGUUGUUGUAGAUUUAAAACUUACCAACAAACAAUUUAGAAUGGCAAAUUCAUACUGUGAACCAAAACAAGAAUGUGCACACAUCGACUUGAGCUCUAUUGUUAAAAAUGAAGAUAUUAACGUUUUGGACCAUGAACUUGAAGUAAGCAUCGAUUUGCGCAAACUUGGUCUAUCUCAUGAGUUUGGAUUGAAAGCUACCACACACUUACGUGAUCUGGUUCUCGACCAUACCGUUGAUAUGCACUUCCACUCGCAAGAUAAAGCGAAAUACCAAUAUAGUGUAUACGUACAUCCCAAAAAUGCUGGUGUCACUUUGACUCUACCACAGAGAGUUAUUGCUCUUGAAGGAAAUCUCGAUAUUCCAAGACCUAACGCAAUUGGUCCAGUGAAUGGAGAACUUUCACUUUAUCUGAAUAAACUUAAAGACCCUAAUCAAAAAACAAGCGUCAUGCUCUCUGUUAACCCUACAUAUAGCAACCAAAAGGCAGCCGUACAAGCUUAUCUUAAAUUUAUGCAUCCUGGUGUUAAAACUAUGCUAGUUAGUGGAAAUGCAAACUUUGAUGGUGCCGUACGUAAUGGUGACUUCCAUUUGAAAUUAGAUGUUUUUGCAACAACUGCUCAGAGCCUCGAAGUCCGAGGAGUAUUAAAUAGCCUUAACUUAGGCGAUCGCGGUGUGAAUGUAACUUCUGAAUUGAACGUAUUCAAUAAGGAACGUUCUCUUGACUUUGCUGUUAAUCAACAUUUUGCUGUAACUGACAAGGACUUCGGAAUUGGUUCUAUGCUUCAGUGUCGCCAUGAUCCAACUAAAUCUGCUGGAUUCCUUAUUUCUGCCAAUUUACACCAAGUUGAAUUAUUAGUACGUUCUCCUUAUGGCGAUUUGGUCCACGUCAACUCAAAAUUAGAUUUGAAUGAGAAAUAUCAAAAGAUUGACUCAGAAGUUACAACUAUCGGUGUUCCUCCAAUGAAAUAUACAAUUGAAGCUAGCGACUUCAAUACAUUGAAGUACACUGCUGGUCGCCAAGAUUCCCCACAAAAAUACUUGCAAUUCGUAAGCAGUCUUGUCCUCGGAAAAGCUGGCGAAGUUCGCGCUGAAGUAAUUGACAACCGCAACCGUCGUGACUUGUUCCAUAGCUCAGUACUUCUUGAUGAUGCUAAUUUCUUGAAAACAGACUUUGGUGUUAAUACCGAAAACAUUAAAGCUCAUUUGGAAAAUAUUCGCGGUGAAGCUAAGCAAGCUGGCGAAAAUCUGAAAAAUACAAUGAAAACUGCAGCUGACGAUAUCCAAGCUCGUGUACAGAGAUUUACUGAUACAGCCAAGAAAUACGUACCUGACUUCAAACCAUUAGCUGAAGAUUAUCAAAAACAACUUAACCAAAUCAAAGAAGAAUUGUUGGCAGAUAAAUCCAUUAAAGAAUUUGCUGAAUUCUUAAAUAAGGUAUUUGGCGCUACAUUCCAAGCUGUUGCUGACAUCAUGAAAAAUGUUGGACAAAGACUCGAAAAGAUCACGGAAAUGAUCAAAGAAUUAUAUGAGAAAACAGCACACUUGUUAAAUACUCAGAUAAUUCCGCAAUUACGCGAAUCCUACUUGAAAAUUACCGCUGUUGCCACUGAUUUCAUGCAAACUCUCUUCAACUAUGCCACUGAGUACUUAAUGAAAUUCACUGACUGGGUUAAGAGCCACCAGGAAGAUUUCAACAAACUUGCAGCAACAGUAUCUGAUUUCUUAAAAGAUUUUGGUAAAAUCGUCAACCGUGGACUUAUUCAAUUCAAACAUGAACUAGAAGAUUUCAUUAAAGUCGCCUACGAACAAUUAAAAUCAAUUCCAGUUAUCUCUACAUUGAAAGAAAAAUACGAAGAGAUGGUCGUUGGAGUGACUGUACCUGAACAAGUUUACAGAAUUUUAGCUGAGGUUGUUAGCACUGUAAAUGAUGUUUUACCAACCCCUGAACUACAAGCAGCUUUCCAACAAAUAUUCAAUUACUUAGAGCAGAAAUUGAAACAAGAACCUGUAGAUGAUAUCAAGCAAUUGAAAUCAAUUUACGAAUUACUUUUGAAGGCCGCCAAAUCUUUGUUGAAACUUCUUCAAGAUAACAUGAUUGCUGAACCACAAGUAGGAGGUUUCCUGGGAUUACCUAUUCCACUAACCUUCAGCGGUCUGCAAAAAUUGCCCGAUUUAACUUCAUUGAGACUAAGUCCUCUCAACUUUUUGCGGUACAACAAGAUACCAACAUUAGAAGACGUUCAAGCCAUGGUUAAACCUUUAACUAUGAAUCCCAUGUCAUUAUUGCCACCAUUCCCAAUGCGCGGUUACGUCGCUGAUGGUCAACACUUCUUCACAUUCGAUAGAAGACACUUAACAUUCCCAGGAUCAUGCAGUUACGUAUUGGCUCAAGACUUCGUCGACAAAAACUUCACAUUGGUCGCAAACCUUCAAAAUGGAGCAAUUAAAUCGAUCACAUUGGCUGACAAAAACGACGUUAUUGAAAUCACUGAUCAAGGAGCUGUCACUCUUAAUGGCGCUCCAGCAGAAUUGCCUGCUCACAAAAACGACAUCCACGCUUGGAGGAAAUUCCACACUGUUAAUUUGUUGAGCAAAUACGGAGUACAUGUCCGUUGCAACAAUGAUUUAUCGCUCUGCAGCUUUGAAGUGAACGGUUUCUACUUAGGCAAAUUACAUGGUAUCUUAGGAAAUGGCAACAGUGAGCCCUAUGACGACUUCAAACUUCCAUCCGGAGCUAUUACUACAAAGGAAAGCGAAUUUGGAAACUCUUACAAGAUGUCAGACAGCUGCCCUGAUGUUGCUGCACCAGCUCACCAUGAACACGAACAUCAUCACGGAGCAGGUGGCCCUAACUGCGACUACUUCUCUGGUGCCACACGCAUGCGUUCCUGCUUCCCAUUCGUUGAUCCAGCUCCAUUCCGUCAGGCUUGCCAACACGCUGCAGCUUCUUCCAAGAACCCCAAACAAGCGGCUUGUAGCAUUGCUCAAAUCUACACAGCAUCUUGCAGAAACGAAUGGAUUCCAAUUUCUGCACCCAAAGAAUGCGGUAAAUGCGAGAAGAACAUCAAUGUAGGAGAUCCAUUCAGUGUGAAGGUACCAGGAAAACAAGCCGACAUUGUUUUUGUUAUCGAGACUGAACCUGCUCAUACUUCUAUCAUUAGAGACUUAUUCCACCCCUUGUUGAAUCAACUUUUGGCUGAUCUCAAAACUCGUGGUAUUACAGAUACUCACGUUGCUGUUAUUGGUUUCAACGAAAAUCAAAAAUACCCAGCCUUGUUCACAUCUGGAGGCAAGAUCAACUUCCGUGGUAAACCUGGAUCCGUUAAAGCCGUAAAUGAUGAACAAACAGCUACACCAUUGAAAACUGGACAUGAAAAACUUGAUGAACUUAUCGAAACUAUUGCUAAGCUUGUGAAUGACGUAAAAUAUGAAUUUGGAUUGACUUCUGCUUAUGCUGCAUAUGAUGAUGCUGUUGAAUAUCCAUUCCGCGCUGGUGCUACCAAAACAAUUAUUGGAAUUCACGGAACAAAUGUUAAAGCCGCCAAAUUACCAUUCCAAGAUAUCAAAUUCUAUUUGGCCAGCAAAUUUGCUGAAUACCAAGGUAUCACAUAUAACCUGGUUGCACCACUCGACCUUCAAACUAGCGGAUUGGACGAGAAGACCGUUGUUGGUUUCAAUACUGAGUCAGUUUUCACGCUUAACGACUCAAAGAAAAAAUCACCAGGAAGUGUUGAAUUAAGAUCUAAGGUUAACCACAGUCCUGAACCAUCUGUUGAUUUGGCACUCAAGGGUCACGGAAACGUAUAUUCCGUACAGAACUUCCAACACGCUAAAGCCCAAAAGCAAAACAAGAACUUCAUCAGUGUGGUAUCAAACAGUUUGGUAGACCAAAUUAGUAGAACUGAAAUGCACAGUGAUUGCGUAUGUGUGCUUAAGGACGGAUUAUUCCCAGUUUCUCAUUGUGUUGUAACGGAUAGGAAAUUAUUACCAGCAGCAAAAGUGCAAAAGGCUGCUAGAGGUUAAAUAGCAAAUCGAGAAGAAAACCAGAUAUAAUUAUAAAUAAACAAACGCGAGUGAAUUAACAACAAUUUGCAAAUGAAUAACUAUUUUGAUAUUAUGAAUAAAUUAAGAAACAGUCCCUCAGACGCAAUUUUGUACAUGAUAACGUCGAUAAUCCAUGCACCAGGUUGCGUCUGGACGGACCUGUAUCCAAUUUAUAACGAAACAAAAUACCAAAAAACGGAUCUUGAUUAAUUUUUAUUACGUCCAUAUAUAAUGCAUGAUUAUUUUAAAAUAGAAUAUUUUCGCACUUUAGUAAUUCCAUUGUAUGAAUAGACAACCCUAUCAAUGCUUUUAAUAUU